AUGAAAAUCACUGGUACAAAACAUCGGAAAGCUACUGCUUAUCAUCCACAAGCUAAUGGAAUGGUAGAAAGAUUUCAUCGUCAACUCAAGACUGCAAUCAAGUGUCAUGAGACCGAUUCAUGGACUGAAGUACUUCCUAUUAUACUUCUCGGAAUCAAGGCGUCAUUUAAAGAAGAUUUAGCUGCAACUUCUGCUGAUUUGAUCUUCGGAGAGACCAUUUGUCUUCCUGGACAAUUUUUUGGACAAGAUAAUAAUGACGAAUGGAAUAAAGAAGAUUUCGUCGGUAAACUCAGAAGAUGGAUUUCAAAAUUAUCACUUCGACUAAAGCGUUACGGAGAGAAAAACAUAUUUGUUUAUCGAGAUUUAAAAGAAGCCUUAGAUGUCUUUCUCAGACAUGAUGCACCUACAGAAAUACUUUACCCUCGUUAUGAUAGACCAUAUGAAGUUGUCAAGAGGAAUGACGAAUUUUACACAAUUAAAAUUGGUGACAAGAGUACUACAGUGUCUUUGGAAAGAAUCAAGCCAGCAUAUUUAUUUUCUGAAAAUUUUGAGGAAAAAGAAGAAAUACCUUCUUCAAAUAAGCCACAAGCACCAGAAAAACGAAAUCCAAGAAUUCGAAAACCUAUCGUUCGUUUUCAAGCAGAACUGUAA